AAUGAACUCUAUGCUAUGUAACAAAUGCUUUGUACGCAAUCUGCUAUGAGUAUUUCUAAAUAAAACUUUUCAAGGUUACUUGAAAUACUCAAGUAUAUAAGUUUAAUCACGAUAAUUGCACAUCAUUGAUGCCUUUAUAAAUCCUCACAAAAAUUUUCUCCAUUUUUUGAGUCACUAAUAAAAUUUAUUAUUCAUAUUCCCCAUUUCUUAUUACCUUUAAAAACACAUUCAAAUUCGCCGAUUUUUCGUUUCUAGGGUAGUUUUGAAUUGAUGGUUGUUUAGCUGACAAUUCGAAGGUAGGGACCUAUCUUGUGCUUUCAUAAGGUAUGGAAGCUGGGGACAUGAUUAAGCUUCCAUCUCCUAGUCAUUCUGGCUCUGGAAGUGAGAGCGGUGAAAUUUGUGAUUCUGGCAAUUCUGCACCUCAUGAAGCUGAUUCUCAACCAACUAAUUGUGAGGCUAAACAUGAAAAAAUAGUAGGGGAAAAAAUAGGACUUGAUGGAAAUGCUCACAGCCACGUGGUAGAAACAGGGCAAGGCCAUACUUCUGCUAAUGGUUCAUCUAUCCAGCAAUUGAGUAUUGAAAUGACUGAAACUAUUAGAGUCAAGGAAAAAUUGGAUGGGUUCACCUCUGAAGUGCAUUCUGAAACAGAUAGAGUCGAAGAGAAAUUAGAUAACCCAAACUCUAGAAUGCAAGCUGAUGAUCUUCUAAUUGUUCAAAACGAGAGUCCCAUCCAGAACACUAUGAUGGAUGAUACUCCUAUGCCUGAUGUUAAGAGUGUGAGGAUGACAAAUGAUGACCACCAACCUUCCAUUUAUGUUAUGUAUAGCUCCUUAACAAGAGCUAGUAAACGGAAGCUUGAGGAAGUCUUACAGCAGUGGUUAAAGUGGCAAGUUGAACAUGAUUCUCUAGAUGAGAAUGAAGUCAUAGAGUCUGGUGAAGAAACAUAUUUCCCUGCUCUACAGGUUGGUACUGAGAAGACCUCUGCUGUGUCCUUCUGGAUAGACAGCCAAACAAGCAAUGAGCAUGAGAAGGAGUUCAUCCCUUUGGAUGGUAAAACUGUACCUCUUUAUGAUCGUGGUUAUGCCCUUGGUUUGGUUUCAGCAGAUGGUUCAAGCAAUUUGGAAGGGGGCUCGGAGAUAAUAGCAGAUGCCAGCAGAUGUUUCAACUGUGGUUCUUAUAGUCAUUUAAUGAGGCAAUGCCCAAAGCCUCAUAAUAAUGCCGCUGUCAUAAAAGCUAGAAAAGAACACAACUUUAAAAAAAAUCAGUGUGCCGGUUCUCACAAUCCUAUUCGUUAUUAUCAGAACUCUCGAGGUGGAAAGUUUGAUGAUUUAAAGCCAGGUUCUCUGACAGCUGAAACACGACUACUUUUGGGUCUAGGGGAGUUUGAUCCACCCCCUUGGCUUAACAGAAUGCGUGAAAUUGGAUACCCACCUGGAUAUCUAGCUCUAGAUGACGAGGAUCAACCAUCUGGAAUCACAAUAUACGCUGAUGGGGUGAUCGAUGAAGGACAGGAAGAGGGGGAAAUAUCUGAGAUGAAAGAUUGUGCUGUUGAAAGUGAGCCUCCUAAUAAAAGGAGUAAAAUGACAGUAGAAUUUCCAGGGAUAAAUGCACCAAUUCCUCAAGAAGCAGAUGCAAGACAUUGGGCACCACCUGCUCCUUUAAGUUCUGAUCCAUCUAGGAGUAAUUCACCCCAAAUAUCAAAUCUUUAUCCACAAGAUGGCAGCAGAGGAUACCAUCUGGAACAAAGGUGGUAUGGGAAUUUCAGAGAUGAUGGACCUCCUGGAGUUGACCCUGGAUUUAGUCUUCCUGUGUCUUUCACUCCAAGGUAUAGCAGUGACAAGUUUCAGAGUCCUACCAUGACAAGGUCCGAAUCUGAAUGUGGGUAGGAAAUCCACACCUUAUUAAAACUGUUACUCUUUCGGUUCAAUUUUACCCUAUUGCUUUUUUAUUUUUUCAAUAAAAUACAAUAUAAUAA